CAGACCUAAAUCAACUCAAAAUAUAUUAAAGCCGGACAUUUACAUGUAGAAUAUUUUAACUACUUCCCAAAGGAGAAAGAAAUGAGCAAAAGCCAAGACUCGAUCAACGUUGUUCAUAUUUGACAAAGUUACACCCAUUUUCAGCUCAAUUUGAUUACACCGCCAAGAUUUUGGUUCCCAUUUGACCAUUUUUAUUAACUUCCCAAUAAACCCUUCUCUCUCUCUCUCUCUCUGUUUACUGAAAACCAGAGCCUGAGGAGCUCUUGGAAGCCAUUAUUUUACAUCAAGGACCAAGCUCUGUCGUCUCUUACAGUACGUUUUUUUUUUUUUGAAGAAUCAGGAAUUGGAAAUGGGGGAUAGAUACAAUCGCUUCAACCCACAAAAUUUUCGCCAGAAAAACAUGUUCUUGCCGAUGCUCUGUUCUAAGCCGGCGAUCAAAGACGGCCGGCCGCCCAGAUGCGAUGGAGCCCGUACAGAGUCCUUUUCCGGCGACCCUUUAUCGCCGAGAAUCGGAUGUAUGGGUCAAGUUAAGAGGAAUAACAGAGUUGCAGGUCUUCCGAUUUCUCACAGGAUUUUGAUUUCAACCAAGAACGCCGUUCUCAGCCACAAAAAUGGCAGCAACGCCAAUGUAGGUUACUUCAAGCUGAAGAAAUUUUUCUCCAGCAAAAAUCUCUUGGUUUCCCCCUCCACCACCGGAACCAGCAUCACCAGGUCCGCCGUUGCCGCCGCAUCGAUAUCUACGGCGGGUGUCAACUGUUGUGGGAGCAGAAGAAGAGCGGCCUCUAAUGCUGCAAUUUCGGGUAAGAAAUGUGUUUCUGAAAACGGGAAUUGUGAUUCAUUUAGCGUUGUGGAUUUGGAUCCGCCGUUGCCGGUGGUCCGGCGAGUGCAGAAGGCAGGAGAAGAAAGAGGGGAAAUGGAGAAUCUUUGGAAGAGGAGGUCAGGUGGCAUUGUAUUACAGAGCUUACAGAUUCAACAAACCCAUCUUCCAAAGCAUCGGCUUCAGAUUACGAGUGUUUGAAGAGAAAACUUGGAUGUGGGCGAUCAUAGAUUCAACGGAGAGUUCUGUAAAUGAUAUGUUCUCUUGUUCUUCGUUCUAGUUUUGGUUGUCUAAUCACAGGAGCUAAAGACUGUGAUUGUAGCUCAUUGUUCAUAUAUAUUGUUCUUCAAGUUUCAAUUUUGUGUGAUA